GGAAGCCUCCACCAGUCGUACCAAAGCCGGCGCGUGCGCACCACGCGUUCGUUAUUCAAAUUUCCACACUCAAUGCGAUCGCGAACGCGACGUUUCGUCUCCUAGUCUUUUUGUUUUAAUUUCGUUUAAAUGGAAGUAUUGAGGACACACCUCAUUUACUAUUGUAGCGAUUCUUUUUAAAAUGGUGUGAAUAUGCUUUGUUAAACAAUAAAAGAAGUGUUAGUUCUACUUUCUUAAACUUUAAACAAAACAUAUCCUAAUUGAGCAUUUGAUGUUGGACAUAAUUAAGUGAAAGACGUUUCAGUAAUAGAAGAGCCCCCGAAAAUUGUGAUGAAAAAUGUUUAAACAAGAAUUUAUAUUAUUGGUGUGUGCGUAUGGUGUGCUGGCCGCAUUAGACGGCUACAGUCCACAGCAAGACCCAGACCAGUUCCACAUACAAACUGAUGAUGAUGACGAACGUUACUUCUUGUACCAGACACACAACGGCCAAUAUCGUAAGGAGAGAAGGCUCAAAGAUGGAUCUGUCGUCGGUACAACCGGCUGGGUAGGAGCAGAUGGUUACUUGCGUCUCCAGGAUUACAUAGCUGACAACCAAGGCUACAGGAUUUACAAAUCCAAAACGGUUUAUGUUGGACAAAACCGACCAAUUGGAGAAUCCUUGCAAAUAGCCAAGACUGCCCCGACAGAUUCUGGCUAUGGGAUCACACCGGCACCAGCGCCUGCAGUACACCGCAAUCGUGGACCCCCGCGGUACACCACAUCCACUGCAGCUCCACCGCCGUCCUCCUCAUACGGCCCACCGAGUUCUUACCCUCACGAAGUAUCAGUAACCCCUGCGCCCCCAACAUACCCACAUCCAACGUCCACACCACAGGUGUACGUGUCACCUAACUCUAUCGACUCGUCUACUACAACUUACGACUUCAGACCCACAGUGACUCCGAUCACAGCUAGUGAAGCUACAACGACGCGCAGUCCGUAUGACUACGAUUCGUCCAACACUAACACGCUUGAUGAUGAGUAUCACGCCAGCGACAGCCAACGCUAUGAUGUGUAUAAUCCUAAUUCGUACAGACACGCCGACGCCUGGCUGAGGCGACAGCAACAACUUCAACAGCAACAACAAGCAGGAGUUAAAAUUGGCGAUGGCUACACUCCUCAGUUCUCGACGUAUGACGGUACAGCGUUCAGGAGAAACGGAUUCCGCUACUACCUCCCAAAGCAGUACCAUGAAGAAGAGGGAGGCGACACCAACGAGCGGACUGGAAGUUUCGGUUAUGUAGACCCGUUCGGUAUUCGUCGAGUGAUAUACUACAAUACUGCGCCUGGUGAAGGCUUCCAAAUACGCAAAAACAAUAGGUAUGUGGGUCACGAUGCGACCCCCUAUGACCCUAGACCCGUGAAUUGACGUAGCAAAUGUGUGUACAUACAUGUGAGAAUUUGAAGUUACCUAAUUAUUUAUUUAUCAGUAUUGUUAGUUCCCAUGAACUAUUUAUGUAAUAAAGGAGACAAAACGAUUAAAUCGAACGAUGCGAACAAGUCUUAGCCAUUAAAUUGAUAAAUGUAAGUAAGUGUUAUUGUACGACAAAAGAGUUUGGGUCAUAAAAUACUUAAGUCAAUUAACUGAAAUGAUUUUUGUUUGUGACUGUUAAUUUCACAUACAAAAAUCUUUAUUUCUUAUUUUUCAGUGCCAUUGUACUAAAUGUAAGUACAGUAUACCGGUAAUAAAUUAUAUGCUAUUGUAAACAUCAUAAUAGUUAUCCUAUGCCUAUAAUAUAUGUUUAAACUUAACUGUAACAAAAUAUGGUUGACACAUUACAUGAAUAUCGUGAAACUGUGACGUUACGUUGUGUUAUUUACAUCAACAUAUUGAAUAUUAUGUAAAAUUAAAUAAUACAAAAAAUACCGUUAAUUUAUUUGAAAUUAUCAUCAAAGAAGGACAACCACUGGUCAUUAUGUCUAAAAACGUUGUAAGGUCUUUGAACUCAUCUUGAUUGUCAUCUAAAUGGAUUUCCUUGCAAAUGGACGGCGUAGGCGCAGCUUUAAGACUAAAUGAUUCUGGUAUAACCUUUUAAAGUAUGUAACUUCAAUAUAUCAGUAACGAGGAUCAAGAGCAGUAAUUUCACGGAACACAACUAUGUAGUCACUAAACAUAUAUUUUUUAACUUCACCCUAAAACGAUUUAUAUAGUUUAUUUAUGUAAACAAAUAAAUCAGUUAUUCUACGUACUCUUUCAUAAAUAAAUAUACUAAGCCGGGUGCAUGUUAUUAAAUGUUAUUGCGAAUAAUUUGUCAUUUUUAAGAAUAUUUUUUUCAAACAAUGACAACUUGUUGCAAUGACUAGAGAUAGUGCUGUGGGUAAUAAUUUAAAUUUGUUAUUUGUAAUAAAAUUAUUUGUGUGUAAUCGAAAUUCUUAACUUAAUGCCUUCUGUUUUUAAUACUGUACUUUCUUUUAAUUAUUAUGUAAAAUUGCACAGCAUGUAUUUAUACUAAUUUUAUUGUUUUAAUUUAAGUACGAACCUACAUAAAUAAUUUGUUAACAA